AUGCAGCGCCUCGCCGUCUUCUUGGUGUGCCUGCUGGGUUCUGCCCUGGCCCUGCCUUCCCCAGCCUUGCGGGGAACAAAGGGCUCAGGCCGCAUCAUUGGGGGGACCAACGCCGACAUCGCCGACUACCCGUGGCAGGUUUCCUUCCAGAAGUUGGGUUCACACAACUGCGGAGGAUCCAUCAUCAGCUCCAGCUGGGUGCUGUCGGCGGCCCACUGUGUGGACGGCGUCGCUCUGUCCUGGAUGAGUUUCCGGGUCGGCAGCUCAGUCCGCGAGAGCGGAGGAUCCGUCCUGCAGGCGUCCUCUGGCUACAUGCACGCACAGUACGACAGCGAGACAAUAGACUACGACAUUUCCGUUAUCCAGGUGUCCGGCACGCUGCUCGGCAGCAACGCCCAGGUGGUGAGCCUGCCCUCUGACGGCUACGACCCGGCGGCUGGCCUGGCGGUGACGGUGACCGGCUGGGGGAGGACGAGGACCGGCGGGCCUGCAGCCUCCACCCUGCAGAAGGUCGACAUCAGCAUCUCGGACCGCUCCUACUGCGAGAGCAUUUUCUCUUCCGAGGUGACCGACCGCAUGGUGUGCGCUGGUCAGGCCGGCAAGAGCGUCUGCAACGGAGACUCUGGCGGCCCCCUGGUCAGCGGCAACAUGCAAGUGGGCAUCGUCUCCUGGGGGGCGAAGACCUGUGAGUCUGCGCCGGCCGUGUACGCCAGCGUCGGCAACCUGCGCUCCUGGAUCCGCUCUGCAGCCGGUGUGUGA